AAGCGUUAUUUACUAAUGGGCCUAAACAAUUCGACCCAGUUUACAAGAGGACGGUUUGUAUCAGGAGCUCAUUUGUCAUUCGUCUCCUUCUCAAUUCUAAAACCCUAAGCUUCGCCGAGGGGCUCAGAUCGUGAUUCUUCCUAAACCCUAGCAUCGCCGGCGAUUAAGAGUUUAGCUAAGCUCUUAAAGAAAUGAGUUUCAACAAAGUGCCCAACGUGCCUGGAUCUCCUGCGCUCUCUGCCCUUCUUAAGGUCAGCGUGAUUGGUGGGCUUGGCCUCUAUGCCAUUACCAAUAGCCUCUACAAUGUCGAGGGUGGACACCGUGCUGUCAUGUUCAACCGUUUAACUGGUAUCAAGGAAAAGGUGUACCCGGAAGGAACACAUUUUAUGUUGCCAUGGUUUGAGAGGCCAAUCAUCUAUGAUGUCCGUGCACGACCCUACCUUGUUGAGAGCACCACCGGUAGUCAUGACCUUCAGAUGGUGAAAAUUGGACUAAGGGUUCUCACUCGUCCCAUGGGUGACCGUUUGCCUCAGAUUUACCGAACCCUUGGCGAGAAUUACAGUGAAAGGGUUCUUCCUUCCAUCAUCCAUGAGACCCUUAAGGCUGUGGUGGCUCAGUACAAUGCAAGCCAGCUCAUCACUCAGAGAGAAGCUGUGAGCAGAGAGAUACGCAAGAUUCUGACGGAGAGAGCUUCCAACUUUGACAUUGCUCUUGAUGAUGUCUCCAUCACAACUCUCACAUUCGGCAAAGAGUUCACCGCUGCAAUCGAGGCAAAACAAGUCGCUGCUCAGGAAGCUGAACGUGCUAAGUUCAUUGUGGAGAAGGCCGAGCAAGACAAGAGGAGUGCGGUUAUCCGUGCGGAGGGAGAAGCUAAAAGUGCUCAACUUAUCGGACAAGCCAUUGCAAACAAUCAGGCAUUCAUCACUCUGAGAAAGAUUGAAGCUGCGAGAGAGAUUGCUCAGACCAUUGCACAAUCAGCUAACAAGGUCUACCUAAGCUCCAAUGAUCUGUUGCUUAACCUUCAAGGGAUGAACUUGGAGCCUGGCCCUAAGAAGUAAAAGAAGGACAUAAUAAGUUCCAUUCCUCCAAAAACGUAGUUUGUGUUUUGACCAGACUAUUUUGCCCAUUACUAUGCUAUUCAGAUUUUAUUUGGCAACGUUAUCUACCUGUUGAGAGUUUUUUAUUGGAGAGAAAUAAUAAGAUAAGUGCAUACGUAUUA